AUGGAACAUAUGAUAACCAAGGGAAUUCUUGUUGGCGUGGGAAGUUCCGGCAAGGUGCACAUGGCAUUCUCCAAUGGCCGCCUACUAGCUCUGAAAUCUUGGUGUUCUUCUUGUUAUUCUUCACUUCAAAAGGAGGAAGAGAUUCUUCAUAGACUUGGACACUGCCCAGAUAUUGUUGACUACUUUGGAGGUUACUCAACCCAGGAAGGCAAUGGCGUUUUGGUCUAUAAUUUAGUUCUUGAGUAUGCACCCGUAGGAAGUCUUGAAAGUUUGAUAAUACGGAGGAAGAGCGGAUUGCUGGAGGGUGAAGUUCAGCGUUUUACGAGAAUGAUUGUUAGGGGUCUCCGUGAUGUCCACAAGGAAGGCUUCGUCCACUGUGACCUGAAGGUCGAUAAUAUACUCGUGUUUCAUUCUGAAAAUGGCGGGCAUAAAGUUAAGAUCGCUGAUUUUGGACACGCUAAGAGGUCUGGAAGGGAGGAGUUCAAUGGGGCGCUGGGCUCCCAGCAUACUUCAGAUGACACCCCGCCGGAAUGUAGUGGAAACGGAGAAAGCGAGGCACCUAAGGAUAUAUGGUCUCUUGGGUGCAUGGUGGUCGAGAUGUUUACUGGGAAACCAGCUUGGAUGAAUUGCAAGGAUGUAAAUGAGUAG